GGAAACAUGGCUCUCAGCUUCCAAACUUCAACACUAUGUUUGACUCUGCCGAUGUCGUGUCAGAUAUGCCUCGGAAAGGUCAGGCAGCCGGUCAUAUGUGGAAACCACCACGUGUUCUGUUCGUCCUGCAUGGAAAUGUGGUUAAAGAACGCCAGCCAGUGUCCCUCAUGCAGAGUCCCCAUUACGACAGAGAACCCCUGCAGAGAACUUAUAGGAGGUACAAAUGACACCGAUCACAUUGAGAGCCCCGCUAUGAGAAAAAGACUUAGGAAAACGAGGGGAGAUCUCCUACUGCGCGAUUAUGAGGAAGAAAUCGAAGGUCUCAGCAGAGAAAACGAAGAGCUGAAAUCCAAAAAUCAAAAUUUGGAGUUGCAAUUGAGGAAAGCUUUGGAUCCCUGCAGUAUUAGCUCUGUGCACGCUGAUGAGAAAAAAGUGGAUCCGAGCAUCAUGAAGGAAUGGGCAAACAGGCUGCAAACAGCCAACGAUGUUUGUGAUAAACUUAAACAGGAUUUUGACAAGCUUAAAGAGGCAAAUAAAACUCUGCGAUCUCAAAAUGUUGACCUGGUGCAGGAAAAUUCAAGACUGAAAGCUGAAGUGGUCAGUAGAUCCCCACAGAAGUUUGGGCGGUAUACUGUUGCUGCUUUGGAAGCAAAAAUCCAGCAGUACCAAAGAGACACUGACCACUUAAAGAGGGCUCUGGAGCGCAGUGACCAGUACAUUGACGAUUUGGAGAAUCGGGUCAGGACGUCUGAAAAGAGAUGUGCAGAAAUGCAGGAGUCAUGUAAAAAGAAAGCACCGGGGCUAGACUCUCUCACCCAACAGCAAAGGAUCCAUAUGAUGAUGAUGAGAAGCUUGAGUGAUAACGAGAGGGGCUCCAUCUGCAGCAAUCCUGAGGCGGAUGCACUGACAUUUUCUACGCCUCAUAGUUUGAUGUUCUCAUCGUGUACGGAUCACAAGGACUCUCUCAAACAUCCUUGUGGACUAUCUGAAAAAGCAGAGGACAUGGACGGCACAUCCUCGGACUUCUUUCCCUCCACUCCCUCCUCCGCUUUUCGUUCUCUGACACUGAGGAGCCCCGGUGUGCGCGAGAAGAAAGUUGCAUUUAAACCUGUUACUCAUCUCAGGAGGCUUGAUUUUGAUGACGUCCCCAGUCCAGGCAAAACUACCACAGAAAAGCAGUUCAGUGACGGGGACAUGUUCCCUAAAUGUUUACCUACAAAUUCGGAUGACGUGCAGCCACUAAAACCUGUUUUUUGGGGAUCUUGGAAGCACUCAGAAUCAAAUGAGCAAUCAUCUCCUGGUCCGAGUAAAGAACACACAGCUACUGAUUCCACGGCUCCUGGUUUUGUAGCUGAUGAGCCCGAUAGUUUCCAGAAGUCCAGUGAGGCCUCCAUGGACGCUGCUUACCUAAACAAAAUAUCUGAGUUAGAUACCAUGAUGCUGGACGUGGAUAGCUCCAGUAGCCGUGGGUCUCAGCUCUCCUUGGCAUCCCUUCCCGCCGACUUAGACCACACUCUUGUCGCAGAACCACAGACAUGUGCAGAUGUUGAAGCACAACGCGUUACAGUGAAUAACGAGGCUUCUGGAGAUGGCACUGGAGAAAGAUGCCCUCCAUCCCUUGUGUCACAUGUGGAGGAGAAUCGUGUGCCUGGCUGUGUGGAACACGGAGCGGCUUCUCACACAGAGGAACUCUCAUUUGAUCUGCUCUUUGACUCUCUGGAAGAGACUAAGGCCGGUCCCUCUGGCUCUGUCAGUCCAGCGAGCCGAUGCAAGGAUCAUGACAUCUCCUCUCCCUGUGGUAAACCUGUGAACACAUCAGAACACAGACAUACACUCAACGCUGGCCAACCAACAAAAAGAAAGUCCCACAGCCCCUUCAACGCAAGCAGUCCCACUAAACUUUCAAAACUCAUGUGA